CUUCCAGGAAAGGAGAUAGGGUGGCCUUUGGGGAUGUGGCUCCUGGCUGAGCCUCACCCCAGCAGCAUUAUACAGGACCCCCCGAGUUUUCAGGAGGGGGGUCUGUUGCCAUGGUGGCCUGUGUGCAGCGAAUUCCUCCAGGGUGAAGUGGGAGAUAUUUAUACCCAGGGUCAGGGAGAGAGCGGGCAGGCAGCCGAGGGAAGGAGAGCGGGGACUUUCAGGGUCCAGAGAGACCACUGGUUGAGGUGUAUAGGGGCAGGUGGGCCCUGGCGUAUCCUGGCUGUCUGUUUCCACCUGUGUCCAGAGGCAGCUUGCUUCCCUUACACGGGGCAAUGGCAUCUCCCAGCCACAUCCUGGCUCUCUGCGUGUGUCUCCUCAGCAUGGCCAGUGCAGAAGGUCCACAGGAACCGGAUCCAUUCACCUAUGAUUACCACACACUGAGGAUUGGUGGCCUCACCAUCGCUGGGAUCCUCUUCGUCCUGGGCAUCCUUAUCAUCCUUAGCAAGAGAUGUCGGUGCAAAUUCAACCAACAGCAGAGAACUGGGGAACCCGACGAAGAGGAGGGAACUUUCCGCAGCUCCAUCCGCCGUCUGUCCACCCGCAGGCGGUAGAACCUCCACCUGGCUCCGGGGAAACUCAGCCAGGCCUCCCUUGACACCUGACUCCUCUCCCAACCCAGCUGCUUGCCGGUGGCCACCUCCAGUGUCCCUUGCCUCAGCCCUGCCUCUCGGACACCCCUUACUGCUAAAACCUCCAAUAAAACUCGGUUUUUCCUCUUUA